AUGGAACAUGAUGAGUUUAGUGUGAUUGGUGGUGUGGGUGCUAGUUCUGUUGAGUAUUUUCUGAAAAGUAGCAAGGAGAUUCAUUGCCAUGUUAUCAAAAGUGGGCUUGAAACAGACAGUAUGAUUCAAACAUCACUUAAUGAAAUAUAUGGCAAAUGUGGUCUGAUGUAUUAUGCAGAGGGGGUUUUUAAUAGGAUUAUUUCAAGGAAUAUUGCUGCUUCAAAUGCAAUGAUUGGUGGUUUAUGUGCUAAGUACUCGUUUUCUGGAGUUAUAUACUUGCUUGAGAUUUAUGCAAGAGGAGCUGUCUUAGAAGGUAAAACUAUUCAUGGCUAUGCCACAAGGAAAAGUUUUUGUUGGAAACUGCUUCAGUUGAUAUGUAUGGACGGUGUGGGUUGGAAUUACUUUGAAUCAAUGAAAGGGGAUGGUAUAGAUCCUGAAAUUGAGCACUAUGGCUGUAUUAUUGAUCUUCUUGUUCGCAGCAGGAAUACUGACCAAACCAAACGUUUCUUUGAAGAAAUGCCACUGGUCCCAACAGCCAGGAAAUGGGGUUCUUUGUUGACUGCAAGCACAGUAAACAAUGACAUGGUCUCAGCUGAAUUUGCCACAAGGCAUAUUCUACCUUGGGACCACGAUAGCACAGACGCUGGGAGGUGGGCAGAUGCAAGUCAGAUAAUUAAGAGAAUGAAGGACUAG